UUCGCCAUGAGCCUGGGAAGUUGCUGCCCGUCUCUCUGAAUGAAGAUUGAGUUUUACUCCAGAUUGCAGCUUUCUUCCUCUGUCUAAACAUCUGCAGACAUGCGGAAAGAAAUCUGAAAGCACAUGAUACAUCAACUUCUGACAGAUCCACUUAAUUCAUUGGGACUUGAAUAUCAGCAGCUAUUCAAAUCGAGAAGAAGUGCUUACUUUUAUCUGCUUGAGAGGUUUCGGACACUGGUGUGGCAGGAAGAAUAUGGAGACAUCCGAGUGAGGGAGAUUCAGUGCGCUGUCUGCGAAAUGUGCUUCAAACCGUUUACUCAGCUUAGGAGAUCAAACUGACACCACUCACGGUGGGGAGUAACUGCGUACACAUUCUGUUUGUAAUUCCAAACUCGGAGCAAUUCAAGGAAAGCUCCCCCAAUGGGGAAACCAUGGAAAUGUGGGGACUGUGGGAAAGGAUUCCCUUCCCCAUCAGUGUUGGAAACCCACAGACGCAUUCACACUGGGGAGAGACCGUUCACUUGCUCAGUGUGUGGGCAGGCAUUCAGUCAGAUGGGUCAUCUGCAGAAGCACCAGCGGAUCCACACGGGAGAGAAGCUGUUCACUUGCCCCAUGUGUGGGAAGGGAUUUGCUCACUCAUCUGCACUGCUGAUCCACAACAGUGUCCACACCAGGGAGAAGCCGUUCACCUGCUCUCAGUGCGGGAAGGGGUUUGUGAAUUCUUCCAACCUGCGGACUCACCAGCGGGUCCACACCGGAGAGAGGCCAUUCACAUGCUUGGUGUGUGGGAAGGGGUUCGCUUAUUCAUCUGCACUGCUGAUCCACAAGCGGGUCCACACAGGGGAGAGGCCAUUCACCUGCUCUCAGUGCGGGAAGGGGUUCAUUGAUUCUUCUGGCCUGCUGACCCACCAGCGGGUCCACACCGGGGAGAAGCCGUUCAUCUGCUCAGUGUGUGGGAAGGGAUUCAUUGAUUCUUCCAGCCUACGGACCCACCAGCGGAUCCACACUGGGGAGAGGCCAUUCACCUGCUCAGAGUGUGGGAAGGGAUUCAGUCAUGUGGGCCAUCUGCAGACACACCAGCGGGUCCACACGGGAGAGAAGCCGUUCAUAUGCCCUGUGUGCAGGAGGGGGUUCACUGAGUCAUCUAAACUCCUGAUCCACCAGCGGGUCCACACUGGGGAGAAGCCUUUCAUCUGCUCAGUGUGUGGGAAGAGAUUCAGUCAGACGGGACAUCUGCAGAGGCACCAGCGGGUUCACACGGGAGAAAAGCCGUUCACGUGCCCCGUGUGCGGGAGGGGGUUCACUGAGUCAUCUACACUGCUGACCCACCAGCGGGUCCACACACGAGAGAAGCCUUUCACCUGCUCAGAGUGCGGGAAGGGAUUCAGUCGGUUGGGUAACCUGCAGACGCACCAGCGGGUCCACACUGGGGAGCGGCCAUUCACCUGUCCCGAAUGCAGGAAGGCAUUCCGUCACGUGAGCAACUUGCGGACUCACCAACGGGUCCACACGGGACAGAAGCCAUUCACCUGCCAGAGUGCGGGAAGGGAUUAAUCGAUUCCUCCGGCCUGCAACUGAAUGAGCGGGUCCACACUGGGGACAGCCCUCUCACCAUCUGAGACGGUGGGUGGGUAGUGUGUGCACUUUGACCUUGAGCCAUUUUUAAAAACAGCUACAUUUUGUACACCUUUUUGCUGGGGAGAUCUGAAGCAGUAACAAAGCUGGGUCGCAAUAAAGGUUACUUGAACUUCCCAUCGUACUCUGACCUUGAAAUCUAUGCAAUCUAACAGGCUUUUGUUUCAAAGCUGCUCAUUUCUUUCAGUCUCCAGCACUAAGUUUCCACUGUCAUGUAUCAGAAGAAGCAGUGAAUGAGUAGUUAGUGUCAUCAGAAAUUGUAAUUGUUUUCAGGAGUGCAGGUAACCCAUUGCUUCAUUGGCGUUGUAAAAUUUACUGGCAGCACCGGGGGAGGUGAGAGCUGUGUUCACUGGAAAUUAUGUGGAAGAGCCCGUGUUGGACUGGUGGUGGACAAAGUUAAAAAUCUCACAACACCAGGUUAUAUUUCCAACAGGUUUAUUUGGAAGCACUAGCUCUCGGAUCACUGCUCCUUCAUCGGUUAGCUAUGGAGCAGAAUCACAAGAAACAGAAUUUAUAGCAAAAGAUUACUGUCAUGCAACUGAUACCAUAUAAUGAACAAAUCUAGAAUGCGGUUAAGUCUUUCAUCUUUUAGAAUGGGUUGCAAGUUUUGGUUCAUUUAGUAUGUUAAUCCCAGAGCUUCUUUUCAAGUAAUAUUCUUGACAUACCUCGUUUUUUUAAAACCUGAAUCUCAGCUAAGAAAAUGUAUGAAGUUAGAGUCUG